CUGCACAACACCUCGCUUCCCAUACCACUUUACUUUUUUUUAACCAUUCCUAGACUGUCCAGCAAUCUGUUAAUACUUUGCACCUCUCUUUCUUUGUGUACUUUUUUUGUCUUUCUUCUUCGUCGUUGUUUCGUUGACUUCGUGCUGACAGUCGUCGCAACCCCCCUCUUUCCGUUCGAGCCGUACCAAGAUACCAAGAUACCCCCUUCGCCGGCCCAGGGCUGCUUCGAUAGCAGAGCCUGCGACCUCAAGCAUCUUCUCACUUCCUACGCAUACGCGCCUCUUUCUUGCUUCUUGGUGAAAUCCAAUCUCACCUUCCUUCGAUAUUUUUCCGCAUAAGGCUCGAACGCUUUUCGAAACGGCUCCCUGAAACAGCGCGCUCGUGCCACAGUGAGUGGUACGCGAUAGGCAUCGACUGCACAAUUUCUUGUUGUGCCAUACAUAUCCACGUGGAAGAUACACAGCAAGGCCAUGGCAUCACUGAAGAGUUCGAGAUAGCCUCGUAGUUUCAGUUCAUUAUUCAACCUGCAGAAGCGAACACAUAAACCACGAAAGAUGGACCCGAAAGACGUCCCCAUUCCCACAUACGAGGAAGCAACCUCAAGCACGCCCACAGUCGAAAGACAGGGACUGCUAGGCUCAAGCCUGUCCAGAAGAAGCGGGUAUUUCCCGCCCGCCAGUGACCAAUCUGUGCGCAGCAGUACGGACACCUUGGAGGGGCUUGACAAUGAUGAUGAAUCAGAUACUGACAAUGAAGCCGAAGGGCUGCGCCGCGAGGUUGAGCAGAUGGACAUGGAUGACCUGGAGGACGGCCGGAGAGCUCGUGGAAAGGGCUGGGUUGGUAGGUUACUAGGCUUCAAACGACGGCUCGGCCGGUCGUGGAGUUGGCGACCGUCGUGGGAUACGGGUUAUGUGUAUAGUCGCCUCACAACGGGUCUUCCGAGCAUACCAUCGCUCCCAGAACGGUUCACACCCAGCUUACCCAUCCUGGCGCGAUUGUUAGGGCUGUUCCUCAUCAUCGCGCUUGGCUAUGCGCUGUUUGUGUUUGAACUGCUGCCGAAUGCCCGGAAUUCCCUUGGCCAGAUGAUGUUUGAUCAGGAGAGUGUGCGCCAGUUUGCGCAGGCGCAUGUUAAUGGCAGUAGAAUAGAGGAGUACCUAAGACAUGUUACAAGCUUUGACCAUAUGGCUGGCACAGAGGGGAGUCUGUAUCUGGCAAAAUGGAUGCAGGGUUUGUUCGUGGACGCGGAGAUGGAUACGGUUCGUUUGGACAAAUAUUAUGUGUAUCUGAACUAUCCGAAGCCAGGAGGCCGACGCGUUGCUAUCGGGGAUCCUCCAGAACUCGCAUGGGAAGCAGAGCUUGAAGAGGAACCCGUCUAUCCGGGAGACAACUCCAAGAGCAAUACACUGGUUUUCCACGGACUAUCACGAGGUGGCGAUGUCAGUGGACCUCUUGUAUAUUGUAACUAUGGCUCGAGAGCAGAUUACAAGCGCAUGUAUGACAGCGGUAUUGAUAUCAAUGGAACGAUUGCGCUGGUCAAGUACUACGGUGACCAGAGUGAUAGGGCUUUGAAAGUCAAGGCGGCAGAGGAAUGGGGAGUUAAAGGUGUCUUGAUCUACUCAGAUCCUGCAGAUGAUGGAUUUUUGAAAGGUGAGCCGUGGCCUGAAGGACGAUGGCGACCAGCAGACGGCGUUCAGCGCGGUACAGUAGGACUUACCAGCUGGAUCGCGGGAGACGUUCUUACCCCCGGUUGGGCCUCAACAAAAGAUUCCUCGAGGAUAAGUAAGGAUGAGAAUCCCGGUUUAGUCAAUAUACCAAGUCUGCCGCUCUCUUGGAAGGAUGCGCAGAAGCUUCUUCAGGCACUCAAGGGACAUGGUCAACAGAUUCCGCAGGAGCUUCAAGGGGGUGUGCCUGAUGUCGAGUGGUGGUCAGGAGACAAAACCUCGCCCAUCGUUAACCUGAAGAACGACCAAGACGAGGUAGAAAAGCAACCAAUCUACAAUUUGGUAGGCUCUAUUGAAGGCAUGGAGAGCUCACACAAGAAGAUCAUCGUUGGCAAUCACCGAGAUGCAUGGUGCUUCGGUUCUGGUGACCCUGGGAGCGGUACAGCUGUUAUGUUGGAGGUGAUCAGCGUCUUCAAGCAUCUUCGUAUGCAAGGGUGGCGGCCAUUGAGGACGAUCGAAUUCAUCUCUUGGGAUGCCGAGGAGUACAACUUGAUUGGGAGCACGGAGCAUGUGGAAAACUAUUUGACUGAGCUCCGUGAAGACGCUGUUGCGUAUCUGAAUGUGGAUGUCGGUGUCGUCGGGCAGAAUUUCUGGACUGCAGCUGCUCCACUCUUCAAAGAAGCGCUCUACCGUGUUCUCGGCCGCGUCUCAGACCCGGUACGCAACGAUACGCUCCUCAAUUUGUGGAAGAAAGACAACACCCAAGUCCAAAAUCUCAAUGCAGGAAGUGACUAUCUGGCUUUCCAAACCAUGUCCGGAACCUCGAGCAUCGAUUUUGGUUUCGGGAGCCUCCAAGACCAAUCCUACCCCUACCACAGUUGCUAUGAAACCUUUGAGUGGAUGAUGAAGUUUGGAGAUCCGAAUCUUGUAUACCACAAACUCCUUGCCGAGGUGUGGGUCCUUCUCAUUCUUGAGCUUAGUGGCGAGAUGAUCCUUCGGCUUGACAUUGCUGAAUACGCGAAUGCCGUGGUCGGCUACGUGGAGAGCUUGCAAAGGUUCUCUGAAGCGAAAGGCGCACCCUGGGCUGACGAACAGGGCAAUGGCGGAUUCAGGCUGGACGGCCUAUGGGACGCAGCCAAGCUUCUCGUCGAGAAGGCUGCGCAAUUUUCCAGUUGGGAGAAUUGGUGGGACAUGGAGUUCUAUGGACGAGGCGGCCUCGAGACAAACGCACUCGCCAUGCAGCGUGUCCUUCACAACGAGCGCGCCUCUGACUUCGAGACAAACCUGCUCGACAUACCGGAUGCGGAAACUCCGUCGUCUAGUCGACACGGCGUAGGCGGGUUCUUCGAUGCGCUCAUCCACGGCGGCUUGGGGAACGUGCACACUAAGCACAACAGCACCGAGGACCCGAGCGCUACGAUUAAUGCAGGCACAGCGGCGGAGAAUGGGAUCGUGGCUCGUGAGCAAUUCAAGCAUGUGGUGAUUGGGCCGCGGAAGUGGCAAGGUUACGAGGGUGACACGUUCCCGCACGUCAGAGACGCGAUUGAGGAGCAGGAUUGGGUUAAGGCACAGGAAAAGGUCGAUACGGCCGCGAGGGUCAUUCGUAGAGCAGCCGAAAAGCUUGUGCAGUGAUCGAUUUGUUGAUGGAUGUACGGAUCGAACAACAGGGUCGUUCGCCUCGUAUUCUGUUCUAGGAGGUCUAGUCCCUUUUCUCCUUUGGGUAUUCUCGUGCAUUGCAUCGUAAAACCAUGAAUGUAGAUAUCGGACGUCAGGCUUGUUGGAUGGGUCUCAUUUCGUCUGUCAAUAUAAACCUUGUGGGCUACAGCACAGUCAUUCCGGUGAUGAGACAGUGAUUCAUGUUGCGAUAACGAGGGGAGUCUUGAUGCCAUUGGCGGCAAGACUACGAC